GCUUGCAUAUGAAGAGCAGAUGCGCUUCUCCUCUCCUCCGCCCCGCUCCUCAGACAAGCACCGACUCCCACAGAAGACAGAGAAACUGAGGAGAAGCCCAUCCCGGACACAGCACCGCAGUCAUGGCGACUUCAGAAGAGUCACUGUGGGUGGAUCAGAGUGCCUUUGAAUAUGACUAUGAGACGUUGCGAACCACGGGGGUCAUUCUGGCAGUGGUGAUGUUUGUAGGUGGGAUCCUCAUAGCCCUGAGUAAAAAGUUCAAAUGCUCAAAAUCAUCCAAUUCAAGUCCAGUGGAAGGUCCUCAGCCCCCAACGACAGAAGUUCCUUCUCAGACCGUAUAGAGGUGUCCAUCUACCAGAGCAGACAGGAGAGAAGCUGAUAUACCCCAGACUGCUUAUAAGAACAUGUGGAAGAGCUGCAUGUGAAUAUCCACUUUUUUCUACACUGGACUCCGAAAUUUUCAUCCUUCUGUUUUCUUUGUAGGUCUCAUCCUGUAAGUCCAGUUCGGGUGGGUCUUUAUGCUUUCUGACCUUUUCUGCAGGUCUGUCAUUGUUGGCCUUUGGUUAUUUAUUUGGGUCAUUUUACCUGAGACUGUACACUCACCAUUCACUUCAUUAGGACCUCACAUCGUGGUUCUACUCACUGGUCACUUUAUAAGGUCCACCAGCUUUGUAGCUCCAUUACAUAGACGUGCAAUUCUAAUUUGUUAGUUUCUAACCAGAGGACCACUGUUGACCAGAUAUUACUUGAGUGGUGGACCGUUUUCAGCACAGCAGUGUUACUGGGGUUUUUACACACCAGUGUCCCUGCUAGGUUGAGAGAAGUCUGCCAGCCAAAAAUAUUCAGCCUGGAGUGGCUCUAUGGUCAGAAACUGACCAGUUAUGAGGGGCUGGAGAAGGGGUGCUUUGCUCUAAGCUCUGCAGGGUGGUAGAUCUCCAGGACCAAGACUGGACACCCCUGGCUAAAGUUGGCUAACACAGACAACGCUUCGACAAAUGGGCUAAAGCCUCUAAGACCCCGUUUACACCUGGUCGUUUCAUGCAAUUAGUAUCUGGAGUGCAAGCUUUCAUGAUUUUGACCACAUUUAUGAUUUUUACUCAAAUGUGUCGGUUAGCCAGACUGAAAUUUGAUCAUUAUAUGCCAAGCUAAUCUGCUCAUUUGCUUCAGUCGCCUGUGGUGUUCCUAAUUUUUUUCCAGUUCUAUUCAAAAGAUGGCUGAAAAUCAGUUUUGCAUGGUGUUUUUGAACUGUGAGUAACAGGCAAAGAAAGAAGAUCUUCACAGAGGUAGGUGUCAAAUAGGCCUCUGAAAUCAUGUAGUCAUUCUAUAUUCCAUAUUAGGCCUAAACUGGUUUUCUCUAUGACGGAAAUGAACGGCGUUUUGGAAAAUUGUAAACUAAAAUCCUGAUCCAUUUUGCCCUAUGGACAUUAUUCCUCUGGAAGUUGCUGGAUUCUCUGAAUUGCAGGGUCAUUCCUGUAGGCAAGCUAACACUGCUGUGCACUGAACUUGCAUCCUAAGACUGCCCUGCUGAAAAAUGACCGUUAGGAUUAAAACCUGGUUUUGCUUUUUAAUGUAGUCCUGUUUUAAUUGAUGUUUUGGGGGAGAAAUGUGUCUUAAAACCCCUCCUUCUUUGAAUUGUGAAUUCACAUCCUCACCUUCCGUUCCUGUUCACAAUUCCCACCACCACCACCACAUCUCCUGUUACUCAGUCCUACAUCAGUCCUACUACAGCUAGAAGGGGGUUCUGGCCUUCUAGCUACAGGCAGAAGGCCACCACCGUGCAGCAUUUUAGCAUCAUAUUUUGACUGUUAAAUGAACCCGUAAUCCAGAGGAUUCAGUGAUACUUUGGGGGUGUACACAGGACAGAACAUAUCGAUUAUGGGGCAAUUUACUUCACCACUGUUGCAACAGUGAUUUUUAUUUUUUAAUUUUUUUGAAAAAAAACAUUUUGUUCUCGUCAUAGAUAAAACUUGCUUCAACCUGGAGUCCCUAAUAUGGGCAUGACGCUGACUACAGAAUGGCAGUCCACCUUCAGAUUCCUGCGGUUGGGAGAGAUGGAUGCAUCUUUGUUUGUCUGAAAAGCUUCUAAAACCACCUUGAAGUGUUUUUUAUUUAAAUCUGUUUUAAGUUAAUCUUGGGUGCAUUUACACCUGCACUUUUAUGUGGAUCAUCUCCAUAUAGAUAGAAUCCUGACUCAAGAUUCAAGUGACCAGGUGUAAACAGGGUCUAACUGUAGACCAGCAAGGUGGAUGUACAAGGUUGGGGUUUCUGAUAAAGUGGCCACAAGCAUAUAUAGCUGCACACAUGCAACUCAAAUAUAUUUAACGUUGCCAAAAAUCACGAUUGGCUGUCUGUGCGGCGUUUCAGCUCACUAGUGGUUAGUAAACGAAGCCUCGCACGUCUGUUCUACGUCCUUUAUUCCCCACUUCCACUCUCACUCGUUUCAUUACCUCUUCGGCAGCAUGAAUGUCAUCAUUGCUUACUGUAGUGUAAUUUUAAAAUCUAUAAUUUUGCCAUUCUGACAGCCUCACUUGAAAAGCUGUAUGAAAAAUGAAUGUAUGAAUACGCAAACGACGAACGCACAACCUCUUAGACUGCGAUGCUUCUAUCAUAGGCUUGUAUGAGCAUGUAAAACUGUAAACAGAAAAGUUUAUGCAGAGAAAUGUUGUGUAUCUUUAGGGCUGGUUUCGCAGACCUAGAUUAAGUCUAAGGGGGUUCAUACUGCACAUUUUGCUUGUUUACAUCAGGAGAGGUGUAGUUUUUGUAGUUUUAUGCAUCAAGGCUCACCAAUCAGAUCAAAGGUAAAGCAGGCCUUCAGUGACCGUUGUAAUGGAGGAGAGAUCAGUGCUGAAGUCACUAGCUGGUUUCCAUUCAAGCACCAAUUUUAAGGGAAUUUUCUAUAGGUUGGUAAAAGAAAAUGUAGAUUAAUUAGCGUUUCCGUCAACUAUGGUUAUGUGCACAAUUCAGGAAUAUGACACAUCCUACAAGGGGUGCACUUCAUUUGCCUGUGCCGGGCUGAGAAACCCUCUUAAUCUGGGUCAAAUUGUUGUGUAGCAUAGCUACAAUCAGAAUAUGAAUGUUAGACUUAAGUGUAGAUGUUUUAGUGUCUCUUGUUUCUUCGAUAUUUGAUCUUAUUGAUCUUAUGACAGACAGACAGGUGUGUUUAUUGGAUGAGUUCUUUUGUGCAUGCAUAUGUUCACUCAUAUCAGAUAUAGGCUGCAUUAAAAAGGUAACGUGAGCCACCAAAUUUGGGCAGUAAAUAGGAUUUUACUGAACGUAGCUUUAGUUUAGCUCGUUUUUGUUAGCAGCACCCUUCUAAAAGGUUAGCUAGCUUGCACAGCUUAUUGACCAUUACAGUGCUAUGGUUGCUUAGCAACAGUGAUAUGCUCAGCCAGAAGUAAGCUUAGCCCCCCCCCCCCCACUUCCAGGUAAGACUUGAUUAAAUAGCAUUGCAUUUUAGUCCAAGAUUAGGCUUAAUCCAUGUCUACAGAACCAGCCCUAGUUUUUAAACCUAGUGUUGAUGACUACCAUAUUAUACAUCACUAAGUGAAACGACAGCACUACCGUUCAAAAGUUUAGAAUGACUUUGUUAGUUUAAACCAGUUUGUUGAAAAAGAUUCUGUUUAUAUGCCUAAAUUCAAAGAUUGCAUUAUCUUAAAUUAAACACGUGUCCUGAUGAUGAGCGGAGAUGUAGAUGAUUCAGAUCAUUUUGGAGAAAGCCGUAUAACGCAAAGAGUAAAAUUGUAAUAAACAAUGAAUACCUCAUUGUUUGGUAAUAAAUGGCAGGCAACUCUCAAGGCUGAUAGCCGGUCAAUGAUAUACUGUAACAGUAGACUUACAUUUUACAUUUACAGCAUUUAGCAGACGCUCUUAUCCAGAGCGACUUAAAAGAAGUGCUUUGUCAAUCUAGAGAAAGUAUCUUUGCUAGUUACCAAUAGCUUAGAGAAAAAGACAGUCCUGAGCUCAGAUACUGCUAGAAACAAGAUGUCACUGCAGACACCAACAGAAAAAGAAACCGAGUUGAGCGCAGAACUCUGUGCCAUUCAAUGCAAUAGAAUAACAAACAAUACAAUAAACUAUAAUACACAGUGCAGUACAGUAAAAAUAAGUGCAGCUUAUAAUUCAGUGCUCAUUUAAGUGCUGUGUAAAGA